CUUAUCUGGCAACCCGCUGGGCCCUCGGACGGCCGACCCUCCAUCCUGGCACUUUACCUUCAUCCUGGUAACUUACAAGUCCCCGGACCAAAAACAGGAAGUGUGCGAUGAGUUCAGCAACAGAAGAUGAGGAGGCUGCAGCGUUAGAAACUGUCAAGUCGGUCACGCUCACUCAGGACAGUGAUGGAAGCAUCAUACUGCACUGUCCUCACAACGAUGAGGACUUGGAGCCCCUUCAGAAGAAAGUGCGCCUCUCUACUGAAGAACAGGACGACUCGGACACACCUCAGUUCUCCGUGGUGACCUUACCGAUGUCGGAAAACGACGAGGGCUUCGAGGUGACGAUGACGGCCACGGCAGACGGGGAUCUCUCUGAGGAAGGUGUCGCUCAGAUUCAGAUUCUGCAGGAGGAUGAGGACUCUCUCUCGCCCGAUCAGAAGGCAGAGGUGUCACCUGUCAGUCAGGCCUGGUUCACUACAAAAGAAGACAAAGACACACUGACUAACAAAGGUCAUAAGUGGAAACAGGGCAUGUGGUCCAAAGAGGAGAUUGACAUUCUGAUGAGCAACAUCGAUCGAUAUGUAAAGGGCCGCGGCAUUGAAGACCCAGCAGAGAUCAUUUUUGAGAUGUCCAAAGAGGAGAGGAAGGAUUUCUACCGCUCUGUGGCCUUGGGGUUAAACAGGCCGCUGUUCGCCGUCUACAGACGAGUUCUACGAAUGUACGACAACCGCAACCACGUCGGCAAGUAUACUCCUGAUGAGAUAGAGAAGCUAAAAGCGUUGAGGGAGAAACACGGGAACGACUGGGCGACUAUCGGAUCAGCUCUGGGUCGCAGUGCUUCUUCUGUCAAAGAUCGCUGCCGACUAAUGAAGGACACAUGCAACACAGGUAAAUGGACUGAGGAGGAGGAGAGGCGUCUCACCGAGGUCGUCUACGAGAUGGCGGGCGUGUCGCCGGGGUCGGCGGUCACAGCAGGCGUUUCCUGGGCGACGGUCGCCGAUCAGGUUCGCACGCGCUCAGAGAAACAGUGUCGGUCGAAAUGGUUGAACUACCUGAACUGGAAACACAGCGGAGGAACGGAGUGGAUGAAGGAGGACGACCUCAACCUCAUACGCAGGAUAUCGGAGCUGGAAGUGGAGGAUGAGAAUGAAAUCAGGUGGGAGGAUCUCGCAGGCGGGUGGAGCAGCGUCCGAUCGCCUCAGUGGCUGCGAUCUAAGUGGUGGAGCAUCAAGAGACAAGUAGCCAAUCACAAGGAGAUCCCCUUCAGCGUGCUCCUGAAGGGUCUCCAGGAGCUGAUGGCGUCAUCGCAGACAUCGUCCGGGCCGGGAAGUCCCUCCUCCUCCUCCUCCUCCUCCCUCCAGAUUCGACUCACCCGAUUGGAGGAGAGCAGUGGCAGCCCCGCCCCCGGCUCCGUGGCCGC